UUGGUAUUGGGAGUCGUCAAAUUGCUUUCAUAUCUUAGCAUAAUGGACAUAACAGAAACAUACUCAAAUUAAUCAGAACUGAAUCAGAUCAAAUUAAAAUCCGAAUUGGAAUUAAAUAUGGAAAUCUGUAUCAAUUCCUAGCCCUAGCAGAAAUGCUGGUCUUUUCAACAGGAUAGAUGGGUGUUCAUUAUGGAGGCGUGUAACUGUGCUUCCUGAGCCUAGAUGAAUUUUGAAGAGCAUGCUGACAGUGGCGAGGGAGAAUCCAAUUGGUUGUGGGCGUAUAUUACUUAGAAUAUGAGAUGUUGGAAGCACUGUAGUUCUGUGGGUGUUAGAAGAACAGAGCUUGUUCAUUCAUGAUCUGCCUACUGAAUUUAAGAAGUGAAGCUCUCCUUAUCUGUGCCUUAUUUCAACCUCUGUAACCAAGAGAGAAAGAAAGAGAGUUGGAAGGUGAAAGCGGAGGGCAGGCUCACAUCUGCGACUUUGCAGCCUCCACAAACCCACCUCCUACAACCCUGUACUUUUGCAGAGCCCUGGCAAUGGGACACCAGAGAGCGUGAGUGAGGGGGAUAUUACUCAAUAAGAGUCCAGCUCAACGCACAUCAAGCUCUGGUGCUAAAUUGGAGCUUGAUUCUUCAAGAACAUGGGUUGCAAAACAAAAUCCAUGCAUUUUGUUUGUCGGUGCCUUUACUCCAUGCUCCUUUACUUGUUUUGCACUGCACAAGAUGAGGACAUGAGAUUAAGUUGCAGGACGGCACCUAGUGAUUUAGUUUUCAUACUCGAUGGAUCAUGGAGUGUGGAUGACAUAAACUUUGAGAUUGUCAAACGGUGGCUGGUGAAUAUCACAAUGAGCUUCAACAUUGGUCAGAAGUUCACCCAGGUUGGGGUGGUGCAAUAUAGUGACGACCCCUUCUUACAUAUACCGCUGGGAAAACAUCUCUCAAGCAAUGACCUCAUUAAGGCCAUGGAGUCCAUAGACUACAUGGGAGGGAAUACAAACACAGGGAAGGCUAUUAAGUUUGCCAACGACAAACUCUUUGCCCUAUCUGAGCGAGGUCCGAAUGGAAUCUCAAAAAUUGCUGUGGUUCUGACGGAUGGGAAGUCACAAGAUGAAGUGCUGGCAGCUGCCGAAGCUGCGAGAAAAAAGGGGAUAAUUCUCUUUGCAAUUGGCGUUGGGUCUGAGACAGAGGAGGCAGAGCUCAGGGCCAUUGCUAACAAACCCUCCUCAACCUAUGUGUUCUCUGCUGAAGACUAUAAAGCUAUUGCAAAGAUCCGUGAAGUUAUUAGGCAGAAGCUGUGCGAAGAAACUGUAUGCCCAUCAAGGAUUCCAAUUGAUUCUCGAGAUGAGAAGGGAUUUGACAUUCUCCUUCAUCUCAACUUGGCCAAAAAAGCCAAAAAGACGCAAGGAUCAUUUUAUGGCAGCAAAGCAUACCAGGUGACAUCCCGAGUUGACCUGAGUGAGAGCACUAGGAUGUUAUUUCCAGGCGGACUUCCACCAUCCUACGUUUUUGUGGCCACUCUAAAGUACAAAGGCUCUGUGAUUAUGGAGAAGUGGGAUCUGUGGCGGAUACAGACUAAGGAUGAGACGCCUCAAAUGGCAAUUACUCUAAAUGGACUAGACAGAACAGUGAUAUUCACCACCACCAGCAGUACACCAAGUGGAACUCAAACUGUGGUCUUCACUAAGCCACCUGCAAGGAAACUUUUUGAUGAAAAAUGGCAUCAGCUGCGUCUUCUAGUUACUGAAGAAGAUGUAACACUGUACGUUGAUGAUCUGGAAAUUGAAACCUUGACAUUGGAGCCUCCUGAUGGUAUUUUUAUUAAUGGAAAAACACAGGUUGGAAAGUAUGUCACCAAAGAAACAACUGUACCAUUUGAAAUACAAAAACUCAGAAUCUACUGUGACCCUGAGCAGAAUGACAGGGAGACAGCCUGUGAAAUACCUGGAAUUUGUGUUAAUGGACCAGGUGAUAUUGAUCCAACCCCAGAGCCAUGCAUCUGUCCACCUGGGCCACCUGGUACCCCGGGACAGAAGGGAGAGCAAGGGAGAACCGGAGAUCUGGGUAAACCUGGUCCUGCUGGUGCUGAUGGUAAGCCUGGUGUCCCAGGUUGGAGAGGAAGCCCUGGCCUUCAAGGUCCUCCUGGCAUGGAGGGGCCGCGUGGAGCUGAUGGGCAAAUGGGAGAGAAGGGAAGCUCUGGGAAUGCAGGUGAGAGUGGUAUUCCAGGCUCAACCGGGCCACCUGGCAAUCCAGGUGAAAAGGGGUCUGCUGGUAUUCAAGGCAUUCAAGGUUCACCAGGAAAAGCUGGGCAAAUAGGAGAAAGGGGAGUAUGGGUCCUGCCGGUUCACCUGGAUAUCCAGGACAGCCUGGAGCCUCUGGCAGGGAUGGGAAAGACUGGCCUUCCAGGAGGAGCUGGUCAAAAGGGUGACCCCGGACCACCUGGAAUUCCCGGACUAGACGGAAGAGAAGGACACCCUGGCAUGCCAGGUAUACCUGGAAAUGAUGGCCUGGGAGGAAUUAAGGGUGAAGAUGGUUUGCCAGGACCAAAAGGAGCCAAAGGUAUACCUGGAGACCCUGGCAAGAUUGGUUUGCCUGGAUUUCCUGGAUCAAGUGGACAGCCAGGCUCAAAGGGCACUAAAGGGGAAAGUGGAGAGCCGGGUCAAACAGGUGUUCCAGGGCAAGAGGGUAAACCUGGAGAACCUGGGGCAGAUGGCCAGCCAGGACAUCCAGGAAUGCCAGGAUUACAGGGACAGAAGGGACAAAGAGGAGAUGUGGGUGAAAGAGGAGUAGAGGGGAUGAAAGGUGAAAACGGAGAUCCUGGUAGACCUGGUGAUCAUGGUUCAACAGGGACAGCUGGGCAUAAAGGCGAGAAAGGAACAUCAGGAGAUCCUGGUCAGAGGGGUCACAUCGGCCACCAGGGACAUCCUGGACAGCCAGGCCUGAUGGGCCCCUCGGGGCCAAGGGGACAGAGUGGAGACAUCGGCCCUGCAGGACCGCCUGGACCUGAUGGACGACCUGGGAGAGAGCUAACUGAGCAACAUAUUCGACAGAUCUGCAGAGAUGUCCUUCGAUCUGAAAUUCCCACACUUCUACUGAGUAGUCAACACAAUCAUCACAGAAGCUGUGAGCACUGCCAUACAAGGACGGGACCUCCAGGACCCUCAGGGCCACCAGGUCCGCAAGGCUCUCGUGGAUUCCCAGGGUUAUCUGGAUCUAAUGGGCUCCAGGGACAACAGGGUUUAUCUGGACAGCCUGGUGUCCCUGGCAUGAAAGGUGAUCCAGGAGAAAGGGGUGAAAAAGGAAAUCAAGGACGUUCAGAAAUUGGAGAGCCAGGAGAGCCUGGACCACCAGGUCCAAUGGGUCUGGCUGGGGUUGGCAAAACAGGUCACCCAGGGAAGCCAGGCCCACCCGGUCAUAACGGCGAGGAAGGGAAGAGAGGGUACCCUGGCGAGCCCGGUCAACCAGGCGUGUGCCAUCCUUCCAUGUGCUACAGUGCCAUGUUGCGAAGAGAUCCUUUCAGUAAAGGGCCAAACUAUUGAAAAAGCUUUGGCUGAAAUGCACACAGUCAGGAUGUGGUGUUGCUCAGUGAAUGAAAGACAAAAGUAACAGCCAAUCUCAGGAUGAUCACAUGUUCCAAGAAUGUCUUUCACUCAUGGACACAUGAAGUACCUCUUAAAGUGUUUAUAAUACGAUGAUGUUGCCUACAAUAACACCACGAUUGUCCAUGUCUUAAAGGGAUAUUUCACCCAAAAAAGAAAAGUCUUUCAUCAUUUAGUCAACUUCAUGUUGCUCCAAACCCACAUGAGUUACUUUCUCCUGUAGAACAAAAAAGGAGAAAUGUUGAAAAACGUUCUAGCUACUUUUUUGUUAUAAUGAAAGUAAAUGGGCACUUUGUCACAAAUUGACAAAACAAGCACCAUAUAGGUUUCACAAAAGUAGCACAUUCGAUUCGUGUACUAUAUACCAAGUUUUCUGAAGCCAUAUGAUAUAUCUGUGUUUGAAGCCACUAACAUUUUUCCAUUAUUAGGGUGAGUAAAUGAUGACAAUUAAAAUUUUUGGAUGAACAUCAGUUCCUUAAAUUCAACACUUGCUUUUCUGUGUCAUAAGCUGAGAUGUUCCAUGAUUUAUUCACUCUGUUUGACAAGAAGAAAUGAAAAUAACAAUUUUGAAAAGCUUCCAGUUGAAAUUUAACCCAGACUUCAGCUUAUUUCCCGUCUCUCUUACUCCACCAAGUGGCUUUGACCAUCCACUGCCAAUCAUCUCGUUAUAUUUAUGAUGCCGGAUUGUUCAUUUUGCAUUUGUGGUCUGCAUUUUUGUCAGAUUUGCUUCUACAUCUUAAAUGUAAACCGUGAUGCUCCACAAACUUUUCAUGCAAGUUGUCCUCGUCUGCAGCACUUCAUGCCUUAUUUUCCAAUGUUAGUGUCUCUCAGAGUUCAAUAAUAACUCUUGACCCUUUAACUAUUACUACCAAGGUUCUCACACCUUUUUACCAAUGAAUAUUCAUGACUUUUCCAUUCAUUUAUAAUUAUAGGAUAAAGGAUUUUUUUUUAUUUUAACAAGAUUACACACACACACACACACACACACACACACACACACACACACACACACACACACACACACAAUCUAAAAUAA